GCUGCAUAGUCCGCGCCAGUUUGCGCCAGUCCGCGCCCGAGUGUGUCUCGUUCGGAAGCGUUGCGUUCGCGUAUCGCGCAUCAGGUACAUAUCGUCGAGCGAAAUACGCGCGCAGCGUAGCGUUGUGUCGACAUCUACCUACCUAUCCGCCUGCCCGCCCGUCUACCGAAAGUGUCGGAGCAAUUGACGAAGCGUCGUCUCGAGGUCGCGUUCGAGUGCGCGUUUGGCGGGGCCGCAGCGGCGGCUGGUGGUUAUGUGUUUCGAGUACGCGUCAUGCGGCCCGAUUAGAAUGGUCGUGGGUGUCGCGCGCGAGUCUCGCGGACUGCACGACGACCGCGUUGCGGUGAGAUAAAUCCAGCGAGCGAGCCGACGACGACGACGAACGACGACCCGCUCCGCUCCGCGUCGAACGACGGCUCCGGCGGUACGCGCGAAUGCGCCCUACGUCGUUGGCCGCCUCUACCGAUCCCUCGCGAACUAACUCGGCGGCCAGCGGGCGACCACGCUCGGCGAGCUGUGCGAGCCCGCGAUCGCACGGUCGCUCACGUUCGCCAGGACUAGUGUCGUGAGUGUCAUUCACCGCCGAUGCGCAUCCCGAUACUCGAAGAUACGGGCUCAGCGCGUACACGUACACGCGCACACGCACGCGUACUAUUAUACAUACACGUAUACACACGUACGACCGCCGGGCGGCGGAAGUGUUUUGCUCGGUCCUCCUCGUCGCGCGCGCACGGUCUGCGCUAGGCGCUAUACGGGGCUUUUGGAUCGCCGCCUCUCUCUCUCGCUCGCUCGCUCGCUCGCCCUCGCUCUCUCCUGCUGCGGCGCCGGGUACGGCCUACCCAAGGAAGGUAAUCCGCGCUCGCUCCGUCGUGACCCGACCGGACUCUUCGGCGCCGACCACCGUCAAGUUCCCGUGUCCCGCCCUGACGCACCGACUCGCCCGGUUCGCCCGCCAUACGACGGGUUAUGUUUCCUACUUUCAUCGGGAUCCUGGACAUUCAAUCGUGGUGGGAGGUGCCAAGUAUAGCACACUUUUGCUCAUUAUUUAGAGCUGCCUUCAAUCUUCUGGAUUUUGAUAUUGAGGAUUUAGAGGAAGCUUUAUUAACGGACGGAGGUACCGAGGGACGACUACUUCAGGAAUUAAUAGUAAAAUUAUUAGAAGGUUGCUUACCAAAUGACACCCGCAAUGACAUCUCCACCUUUAAUUAUCAGAUGUUUUUGCGUAGACUCUUUCGGAAAAAAUGCCAAGAAUACAAAUGCGAAAAUCCAUUCAAUACAGACGUAGAUUUUGAGUUGCUACCACUUCGUCAAAAAGUAGAAAUACUACGUGCGCUCUGUGACUUCAGACUAGACGCCGAAGACGUAGAGCAGUCAUUGAGCAAUUUGGACUCGGACAGUCUGCGAGUCGAACCUUUGGGUCAUGAUCGUAAGAAUUCUGCCUACUGGUACUUCUACGGCACUCGACUGUAUCGGGAGGAUUACAUUGACACUUCUAACAGUGCCUCACACAAGCAUAAAAGUAAGCCAAGGGACAAAAAGCGUAAAAAACGACGGAACAGAGUGGCGAAGGAGGAACAGGAAGAGGAAGAGAAGGAGGAAACUAGUUUAAUAGACAGCGAGAACAAGGGACGACAGAGCGUUUGGCAAGUCGUUUGUUUUACGCAGCAGGAUUGGAGCAGAUUAGUGGAAAAAUUUCGCGACUCGGAAUACGACACCGAACGCAAGCUCUAUCGUACAUUGUCCGAGGACUUCAUGCCUGAGAUACCGAAAUUAUUCGACUUGAAGGAGAAACAGCAGCGGCGCAAACUGUUACAGCGUAACAGCUCACGAGUGCUUCGUAGCCAGGAACCGACGGCACAGAUGGACGCAGUCAUGGUUAGAUCCAAGAUUAAAACUAAGACGAGCAAGGGAACGAAAAAGGGGACACAAAGCUCGAAAUCCGUUUACGUUAAGGAGGAAGCCGCGCCGCCGUUACCGACUCCGCCUCCGGUUCAGAAGAAGGGACGACAAACAAACAACUCCCUGGCCUCGGCCGUCGGCCAGAUCGUAAUUCACACUAGAGACGAAGUAGAUGACUUGGAAAAAAAGAAGGGUGUUGGUAAUCAUAGUGACGGUAAUUACGUGUCUUGUAAUUACGGAUAUAAAUACGGCUACUCGUUCGGGAUCGAAGAGGAGGAACGGUGCGUCGGGAUGCACAAAGUUCUCGAGAGUGUUAAGGAUCACGUGGAUGCCUGGCCAUUCAUUGAUCCAGUAGAUGAAGAGUACGCGCCAAGGUAUUACAGCGUAGUACGUAGGCCUAUGGAUCUUAGUACUAUGGAAGAAAAACUAGAAGCCGGCUCGUACAAGAAUUUGAAUCAAUUUAAACGUGAUUUUCGACUCAUCGUCGACAACUGUAGGCAGUACAAUGGCUCUGAUAACGAGUACACAGAGAUGGCGAUUAAUCUCAAGGAAGCGUUUGACAAAGCUGUGAGCCGAUAUCUGGAAUCAGAAUCCAGUGAUGAGGAUCCUACUACAUCUGCCCGGUCGUUAGCUGGAACACCUACAUCUCCAUCAUAUCCUUCACGUCAGUUAUCUUCGUCGCAUCAUAACGCACGUAAGCGUUCGAAAAAGUCAACUAAGAAAGCCAAAUCAUACAAACCCGAGAGUAGAACAAAAUCUAAGAAUAACGAAAAAGUAGACGAGGAUGAGAAGCGGAACAAAAGUAUUAAGGUCGCGAAAAAGAAACGAGGAAAGAAGAAAGGUAAAAAGGCGAGAGAGGAAGAGUCAGAUGAGGACGAUGAAGAGCAAGAAGAUCAAGAGAGCGAAGAUGCAAUAUCCGAAACUAGUAUUGUAGCAUCAAAGAAAAGGAAAAGUGUCGAUGUAAAUAGUUUACUUAAGACAAAAAAGCUAUCUAAAGACGCGGAAGAAUUAAAAACGUCUAGUAAAAGGACGAGCAAGGAGCGACGCCAACUGAAAAAGGAUUCGGAAAUUGUACGUUCUGCGAAAGAGACGAAAGAGAAUAAAAAGCGAAAGGAGGAUUUCGAGGAAGAUUAUGAACCUCCGGUGAUCGCGAAAAGCAAGAGUAGGAAAAUCGAAAAGAGAGAACUCGAGGAAACCGGAAUAUUGACAGACAACACUAAAAAAAGCAAAUUAAGAAAGAUUGAAGUUAAAGAAAGCGAUGCAGUAUUGGAGGAAGACAAAAACCAAUCUUCCCAUGCGAAAACGAAAAAAAAUCGUAAGAAGGAGAAGGCGAGUUUAAAGACUGCAACAAAGGCUGAUAUAAAAUCCGAUAAGAGUCAAAAACAAAAGGAGAGAAAAUCAAAAAAGAACGACGAAUUAAAAAAUGGAGAGUUAAAGAGUCAGGCAGAUUCCAAAGAUGUAGAAUUAGAAAGUGCUUUAAAUACAAAGCACGCUCACAUCUCGAAGAAACUUUCUACGUUAAUUGAUAAUAAGGAUGUAGACUCGCUCGAUAGUUUAAAGGAUAAAAUAAGUGAUAGAAAACGUGAGGAAAAAUUGAAGAACGAGAAAGAGAAGCAGAAGAAAGCAGCAAAGAGCGACACUCACGGUAUCUAUACAAAAAAAGUGCCUUCAAACAGUAGUACUUUCCACGACAAUGACAAAGACAGUGUAAAGCGAUCGAAGUCGAAGAAGGGUACGAAGGAGGAUAAGAUCACGAAUGAUACGGCUAAGAAACAAGAUCCGGAAAUUAGCGAAAGUAAGAAAGCCACUCACGUCAAACAUACCAAAGGAUCGGGAGCCGAAGAGAAUUCUGUGAUGCAAGCGUUAUAUCAAGCGACGGAGAAGACGCUUCACGACAUCAAUAAAUGGCUUGACGACGCACCCAAACUCUCGGGAUUUUCCUCUGGCAGCGACUCUCCAGUACUUCAUGCUUCCUCCGUAGAGUCCAGUCGAUCAGGAUCGAAAGUAGAGGCUGCGCGAAAGAGACCAGGUUCCAUCAAGAUGUUUGGUCCUCAUGGACCGAGCCGACCGAAGAAAAUACAACGCACGAUAGAUCGCUUGCAACCUGGCAAAAGUAAGGGAAAUUUACUCCUGAAAAAACCGCUUAAUUUGUCUAGCGCCAAUGCCAGCGAUGCCACGGUCUACGCUAGUAGUGAUAACGACCAAUCGAGCAAGGAUAUUGAGGAAGAACCGAAACUCAGCUUAGGGACUGUGCUGAAAAACGUGGAUUCCAUUCAGUUGAUCUGCAAGAGUCUUGUAUCGUCACCUAAUCCCAAUUUUUCAAACGAUGACGAGGAAGAUGAUCAUUCUGUUACUCCAGCACAAGGGUCUGGCAUUAAAGAAGAGAAAACAUCAGGUGCCAAGGGAGCUGUAAAGUCAUCAGGCACGGUGGAGGAGAAAGAGGCUCGACCUAGUUCGACGGAAGAAGUGCAGAAACCGAAAUCUGCCAUGCCAAAUUUGAGUGCCUGGUUCAAAGCUUUCGGAGCACCGAAAUCAAAAAAGAAGGACGAGGAAGCAGAAGAGACCGCGGCCAAAAAAGAUGGCGAUUUGCAGGAAGUGUUUUGCGGCAGACAACGACGGUUGAGCACUGGCGGUAGCAGUGUGAGUGAAUCGGUGUCUAGUUUCUCUCAGGAAUCGCCACCGGCGUCACGUGCGGCACGUUCCCCGCAAUGUCAACCCUCGAUAACCCCAACCGAGCCAGUUAGAGGCGCGGGAUUUUAUCAGGAUGCAUUGUCGACUGGGAGCAGUCCUUACAACAGUCCUUAUUACGCAACGCCACCGAGAUACAGUGCGCAAUUGCCACCUACACCAUCCCCACAAAAUCACCCUGUAUCCCCGGCCUAUCCAUCAUCUUACGAACAACAAGCACCUGCUUAUUCUCAAGUACAUGCACAACCACCGCAUCAAUCGCCGUAUCAGAAAUCUUCGCCUCAGGAGAAUCCUUCUGAAACUUAUUCACAGAUGUCACCCACAUUCUCACAGCGUUCGCCGCAGAGCAACUUCCCGCAGAACACCGUUCAGAGCGACUCUUAUUCGCAACAGUUACCUCCUCCUAACAAUCAAAAUCAAUCGCCCGUCUACCCGCAACACUCCCCGCAACCAAUGCAGUCGGUUUAUCCUCAACCAUCGCCUCAAACGCCACCGUCGAAUUACUCGCAGCCGUCACCGCAACAACCUCCUACUCCAAAUUACUCUCAGCCGUCUCCGCAGCAGAACACAGUUGCUAAUUAUUCGCAACCCUCUCCCCAGGCGGUUGCCAAUUACCCGCAAGCUUCUCCGCAGCAGCAACACUCUCCUUACUCACAAUCCUCCCCCCAAACGCCGCCGAGUUAUUCGCAACCAUCUCCACAACAACAUUCUCCGUACGCGCAAUCCUCUCCGCAACAGUCCGCUGGAUACGGCCGGCUUUCGCCGCAACCGCCGCCGACAAAUUACUCUCAAUCCUCGCCUCAACCACCUAACGCGUACCCGCAAUCGUCUCCUCAACCGCCGAAUUUCUCUCCGCAGUCUUCGCCGCAAACGCGUUCUGCCAACUACUCGCAACCAUCACCACAACCCUUGACUUCCUACCCGACACCUCCGCAACACGGUAGAAAUUACUCGCAAUCGUCACUUCAGCAAAUCCAGACUUUCCCCCAGCACUCGCCGCAAGCGCAGUCUCCUUUCUCCGAGCCGUCACCACAAAAUAGCCCGUAUUCCCAGACGUCGCCGCAAUCGCUGACCAAUUAUUCGCAACCGUCUCCUCAACAACCACCGACGUACUCGCAUCCACUGCACUCGCCGCAAACACCAUCAAACUACUCGCAGCUUUCACCGCAACAACAAACACAAGCUCCGGCGACAGCAGCGACUGCGGCAAACUACUCACAACCAUCGCCGCAACAGUCUCGUAAUUACCCGCAAUCCUCGCCGCAACAAAAGUCCACCUGCCCCGCGCAACCACCACAACAGUCGCCCAAUUAUUCGCAACCCUCUCCUCAACAGACCGCCAAUUACUCUCAACUGCAAUCGUCGAAAAGCUCGGAGGAGUAUCCUGCUGCCACGGCGCCGCCCGCGAGUUACCCUCAAGACUUCAAGCAGAACCCCACGUACGUGCAACAGUCAUCCACGACAUCGUCCGUAAAUGAAUCUGAAUCACAUCGGGCGGAGUAUCUCAAGUCUAAUGCCAUGGAGAAGCCCGCAACGGGCGACCAACAGAGAAACUUUCAAGCGGAAUCGUCGUUGAAUCUCAACGCGAAUCAUCAGAUCUAUCAAUCGCCAAGUCAGUACCCGCCAACGUAUCCAAACAGUUUCCCCAACAUCGAGCUUCAGAGGUCUUCCUCGAGGCACAGCAGCCAACAACAGACGACGCAGCAAUCGGCCCCGCAAGAGCGACCUGGUUUCACCGAGAUCCAACCGCGCGGCUUCCUCGGCAAGGCGCCGCCCGGUAAUAACGGCGAACAAUUACCCGCACCUGCGCCGGACCAGACACAGUUGUUAGCAUUCCAGCAGAACUUGACGACGGCACACGAGUCGCUGUACCCAACCGGUUUUCAACCAUCCGGUUAUCCGCUACCACCAAACGCAAGACCGAUGUAUCCCAGUCCGCAUUAUUUCGAGGCAGGCUCCAAGUCUGCCAGCGGUAGCAGCGGCGGUGGCAGCGGCGGGACACCCAACAGUCCCAGCAGCAAUCCUCCCCCGAUGAAGAAACGCGCGUACGAAGCAGCAGUGUCCAGCGGUGAGUCCAGUUCGCGUGGCUUAUCACAGGAGGGUCCGGUGACGCGUCCGAGCCAAGAACAGUUCUCGAGCUUCGAUCCGAUGAUGCCUCUUCCGCAGCCGGACGCCGUCGCGGCCGGCCAGUUCGACGGCACGCCGUUCGUUGGUAGCUUGGCCGAUUCCGUGGCGACCAGUUCAGCGUACGCGCGAUUGAGUCUCGGUCUGACUAGUCUGGGCCGACCGAGUAAGGAGCAACAGCAACUAUUGACAAUUCCUAGACCACCUCCUACGGCCAAACCAGAACAUCUCGCCGCUUACGGUCGCGCUGGUGCGCCUGGCACCGAACUGGAACAGCUUAAUCUGCUGCAAAGCCUGCAGAGCGCAGCGGCGAAGAAUACCCAGGGGAUUCUCGCGAUAUCGCGACGUGCCGGCGAGAGUAUCGCGCCUGUCUCGGUAACGCCCACCGCAACGACACCGUCCAAGCCGAAGAAAAGCCGGAAGAGCAAACAUCCGCAGCAACAGGAGCAGCAGACCGCGUCCGGAACGACUGUCACAACGUCCACCGAUCAACAGGCAGGUAUACCAGCCUUCCCACAGUACGCGGCAGCAUCCGCUGCGACCGCCGUUGCCGCCGCCGACUCCAUCGCUCUCAAGUCCGCCGCGGUGACGGUACCACCAGCUGGCAGUGCCUUCAACUUCGCCGCAGCCGCGGGCGGCGCGACUACCAGCCACGCGCCGUUCGCCUACGACAAGGAUGCCACCGCCGCGGCUGCGUUCGCCUUCCUCACCGACGAGUUCCGCAACCCAACGAGCUACUACAGUAUGGCUCUGCGGCAGCAGCAGCAGCAGCAGCAACAGCAACAGCAGCAACCGGUGGUGCCGCCGACGGUGACGAACGCCUCGGGCCAGCCAACCUGCAACAAGCUCGGCGGCCAACCGCCGCCACCACCGAGGAACUACCCGCCGCCACAUCCGUUUCUCCACACAGCCGCCGCCGCUGCUCAGAGAUCAGCCGCGGCCUACGUGCCACCGGUCUCCGCUUACGUUACGCCGCACGGGCCCAAUCUCACGGUGGAUCCAGCCGCUUAUCAGCAGUACAUACAUUCGCUCUAUGCUUUCCAACCGCCGCACCACAGACCGUCCUGGCUUUAGCCAUUAAAAACGUUGUAACAUCGAUACUGGUUCGUGACAUGAUGACGACAUUACUUCUGAAUGGACCUGGAAGGAUAUCCUAGCAGAAGGAGGAAUUGUACGAAGCAGGUGUAGCGCAAUACCAAAUACUGAAGUCGAAAGUCUCUUGGGGCGAGCGCGCGAGAGAGCAGUACGCUCCGUUUAUUUUAUAUAUUUUUUUCCGUUGACAAGAGGGACAAUCCUCCCUACGACUUACAUAUUCGUAUUUUUUACUAAUAUUUUCCUCUUUUUUUUACGUAAUUGACAAUUGUCGUAUUCAUGAGGCUCUCUACGGAAUUAGAUAAGUAUCUAUCGUAGACCUCCCUGACUGUGUAGCUUAUUUUUUUUUCCUACGAGCAACAGCCGGUAUCUGUGUACUUUUGGCAUUUUUACACUAUUUGUCGAAAGGGAGGAGGAAGUCUAGCUUCUAUCCGGUAACGAAUACCGUAAUGUGUAGUCGUUUGUACAUAAAGGACAAGUCUACUUUGGAUAUAGAAAUUUUUGAUAGUUUUCUAAAACGAGACUAACCGACAGGUUUUUGAUAGCUCUAAGUCGAAGUCGCUAGCGCCGAGAGUAUGUCGAUCGUACGUCUAUCAAAAGUUCCUCCGUGCAACGUUGAGCAAGACGUAUCGACGAACAAUGAGUAAACAAUGAAUAAUAUAUACACAUAUUUAUAUGUGUAUAUAUGUGUAUGCGUACAUGAUAAGUUAUUAUGAAUAUUGUAAUAAUAUUAUAAUAAUUUACAUUAUAAAUUGUUCAUUUUUCGUGAAUAUGUUUUGUCCAACGCUUCGUGUUAACGCACGCGCGAACGAAAGAAAGAGAGAAACCGAGAAUAUGCGUGAGUGUGUGCGUGUUUGUUCAUCGGGACGCGGGAAUUGCCCUCGUAGUGACACGGUCCCUGUAGCCCCGCGGUUCUUCGGGUCCAUAAUUCGCUGUCACCUUUAGCCGUUGAUUUUGCCGUUGAAGUUUCGAUGCGUGUAGCAUGACUACAAUCUAAUCGUCGACCAUAGCAACGUAUACUUGUACGAGACUUGUGCGAACCGGAGCAGAUCUUAUGUAUAAUAAUGUCGAGCGCACUCCGUUACGCUGGUGUAUGUUAUGUAGAUUACUUAGCGACAUAAGGAUAGCAACGUACGUUAGGCUUUCUUUGUAUAUAUAAAACACAUAUCUCGCAUAGACGAUGUGCUCGAUGUAAAGAGAUCUCUACGUGAUGAAGUCUCUGUGAGAAAUCUGAAAGACAUCUGAUGGACGUUAGUUCACGACGAUAGAUAGACAUGUUGAGAGGAAGAGAGAGAGAGAGAUGCGUAAUAUAAUGAAAUAUACGAGAGAUCACAGAAAAAUAUAUACAUAUGUGUACAAGCAUGCGCGAACAAAAAAAAAACGAAGACGAAAUAUAACUGUAACACGCCGCUAUUAUCGUACACUCAUUCAUUCACAUCUUUUAUCGUUGAACAGAACUGGGAUAUCGUCGGAGAGAGUAAAAGAACGGUAUAUAUAUAUAUAUAUAUAUAUAUAUAUACACAUUGAAACUUAUAAAUAUAUACAUAUAUAUUGUAAAUGUAUAUUGUAAAUGUAUCUAUGACAAAUUAAAACACAGUUUGUUACAAAG